UUUCUGAGACUGCAGUUUCUAAAUUACGUCAUCUUUGUGUCGGGUCCUUGUGCGACUCGUCGGGUUUCGGUGAAAACAUUUGUGUUAUGAUCUGAGUCAAAAUAAUAAUAAUAAUAACAGUGUUGCAGAAUGGUAACUUGAAAAAUCAUGAAAUUCGGCCGCAGAAAAAUAUGCUUUUGCAUUGUUUUAGUGUAUCUGAUAUUUUCUUUGUAUGCUGCUUAUAACGUCUUUUUCAACACGAAAGCUAUAUCUAGAGUCCACAGGGUGGUGAAAAAAAUCACAGUCGCUGACAGUGCAAAGGGUUUGGGGGUGCAGCCGAGGAGCGCCGCGGUCCCGUCCAGAGGUGAGGGCUGGAACCCCUGGGAGGAGGACGAGCGGGCGGCAUCCGUCUCCGUCCUGCAGAGGAGACAGGAGUUCAGAGCCCAUCAGGCCCGAAUUGCCAAGGACCGGCCCAGGAGACACAAAAUCCAGAUCUGGGGCAAAGCCGCCAUCGGCCUGUAUUUAUGGGAGCAUAUUCUCGAAGGACCCCUGAACCCCGCGGACAGAAAGGCACAGUGGAGGGAAGGAGAGGUGCAGUCAGGGGCCAUCACUUUCAGUUUCUACACGGGUCCUGCGGUGGUGCAGGGGCAGAUCCCGCUCGACACCGACAGCGUGGUCCUGGUGCUGAACGGCCGCGAGGAGCAGAAGAUCGCCUACGCCACCCGGUGGCUGGAGCACGCCGGCGCGCUGGUCCGGACGCGCGCCCUGGCCCGCGUCGCCGUGGUGAUGCUGGGCAGCGAGCGGUGCGCUAACGACUGGCUCCGCCCCUACCUGCGGGCGCACGGCGGAUUCGUGGACCUGCUCUUCCUGGUGUACGACAGCCCCUGGGCCAACGAGCGGGACGUCCUGCAGUGGCCUCUCGGGGUGGCAACGUACAGAGACUUCCCCGUCGUCCCCCCCAGCGUUGAGAUGGUGACCUCGCAGAGGCCCUACCUGUGUAACUUCCUGGGGACGGUGUACAGGAACUCUUCCCGAGAGAAGCUGAUGGAGAUCCUGAAAAGGCACGGGUUGGAGGGGGAGUGUGUCGUCGCGGCCCGAGAACAGUGGGUUCCCACGGAGACGGCGGAGUCGCUGCGGCGGUACCGGGCGGCGCUGGCGCAGAGCGACCUCACGCUGUGCCCGGUGGGCGUGAACCCCGAGUGCUACCGCGUGUACGAGGCCUGCUCCUACGGCUCGGUGCCCGUGGUGGAGGACGUGGACACGGCGGGCGGGUGCGCGGGCGGGGCCGGGGGCGGCUCCCCGCUCCGCCUGCUCAAGGCCUCGGGCGCGCCCUUCCUCUUCCUCAGAGACUGGGCGGAGCUCCCCGCCCUGCUGGAGAGGGAGAGGAGGAUGACGCCGGAGGAGAAGGCGGAGAGGAGGCGGAGACUGCUGGAGUGGUACGGAACGUUCCGGAUGAGGAUGAGGGAUCGGUUCACCCAGGCCCUGGAGGAGACCUUCUUCAGAACCGGCUGAUGGGGGGGGGGGGGGGCUUGUCGGGUUUGGGGGGGGUCAGGGUACAAUGAGGUUAAUGAGAGCUGAGAGCUAGAGCACGACCUCAGCACAAGACACUCCCCUACCGCUCAUACUGCAGUGACACUGCUGAUGAACUACAUGUAUGACAGGGUCAAGGGUCAGUUACGUUUCACUCUGUUCAGGAAAUGAAUUGAAAGUGAGUUUGUUAAUUGCAAAAUUGACAAAAUGUGGAUUUUUAGAUGCAUUUAUUAAAUUUCAAAUAACUGAUUUGAAAUUGAGUUGACCCAAAACCCUGAUGUGUGAUUGGGUAUCACUAACGAGCAUGCACACAUUCGCCAUGAGGGGUAUGGUCAGUUGACUUUGGUCAAAUAAUUAUCCUUUCUGAAAUAACUGUUUAGAUUCCAGUAGGAAUCCUGCAGAUUGCUGACACUUUUAAUAACUUUAUUUUCUCAUAAUAUUCAUAACAAACUAAUUAUUUAAUAUUUAAUGUGCGUUUUGGUCAGAAUCAUGUUUUGUUGAAAAUUCUCCCAUAUCUGCGGGAGUGUGUUUCAGAUUUUACCAGCAAUUAAGAGUUAAGUUUUUUUAAAUGACCGGUUGACCCAGGUCUGUUAGCCAGUGGGUCAGUACUGAACUUUUUCUGCAAGAUGUUUAUUUUCUGGUGGUAAAUUCACCGGUUCUUUUCGGCUUCACACACACACAGUCCACAGCAGCGUCAUAAAGAAAGGAGACAUGACGCGGCUUUCCUAUGUAUUUACUAUGGAACUGGCAUUUGUUCUCAGCCAAUCCGCCCACUAGCUACAAUGCUGCGUUGUUUUUCUCAUAUUAGUUUUCAGUGAAACUCAAAUCUGCAACGUUUUGUGUUGUCAGUAACUUCGUGGAUUCGUUAGCACUGGUUUCACAGUGUGCAAUUCCUCCCUAAGAAUGUGUGAAAUGUUUAUUUUUAAUGUGAAUAUAACGUAUUUAAUGUCGGAAAUUAAGUGCUAACCACCAUGAGCUUUCACCUUGUUAAUUUAUCUCCAUGUGUUACCGAUUCCUACCACGUGGUGGGGCUAUUCGUUUCAUAUUUAUGCGGAAUCUGGAAUUUUGUACGGUGUCGUAUAUUGUUAAAAUGAAAGUGUAGACUAUUUACAUUGUAUUACGAUAGCGCUUCCUUGCACUUGUCUGAAACAGUUUCCUCUACCUUAAUUUUGAACAGAAAAAAAUAAAUAAAUGUGUGUGUGUGAAUUUA